GGGUCCUAGGUGUUGGUUGGCCUGGACUCUAACAACCUUUCACAAAACAAAGACAAGGUUUUUGCCUAAAAUCAUCUUCCAUUCACUCACUCACUGUUCACAUGAUUUGUUCUUCCUUGAACUCUUAGAACAUCCUCGUUUUCAAUGGAAAUCAAUUCUCUAACACUCCCCUCUUCUCGUAUGUCCAUUCUGCUGAAGGAUUCUCCCAGUGGAGCUCCUCAACAACAGAACAAGAUAAUCUGGAGGAGGAAUAAAAAAAGAGCUUUUGAUGGUACACACAGCAGUGUAGAUAGCCCUUCAUUGGUUCAAAACAAUAGUAGGAAAAUAAUGUUUCCUCAAUCCGAUGGGGUUUUUCAUGAUUCCAAAGUUGAUGUUUAUAUGCCAAAACAGACUUCUUUGUGUGUUUUGAUGCUACAUUACACAGAAAAUGGUCUCUUUCCUCAAGCACAGACUACAUGGGAGCAGCUCCUAUAUAGUUCUUUUGUACCUUCUUUUGAAUUUAUUUCAAGACUAUUUGAUGCUUAUGCAAAACAUGGAAAAUUCGAUGAAGUGGUCAAUAUUCUACGCUAUGUGGAUAUGAGGAAUUUCAGUAUAUUACCUAAUGUUUACUCGUUGGCUAUUUCUUGUUUUGGAAGAGAAGGACAGCUUGAGUUAAUGGAAGAUAUGGCAAAGGAAAUGGCUUCAAGAGGUGUUCAUAUCUCUUCUAAAACUGCUAAUGCUUUUGUUUUGUAUUAUAGUAUUUUUGGUUCUUUGAAAGACAUGGAGAAUGCUUAUGGCCGCCUAAAGAAAUCGAGAUUUAUGAUAGAGAGGGAAGUGAUUCGGGCAAUGGCCUCUGCAUAUACAAGGGACAGACAAUUCUAUGAAUUGGGUGAGUUCCUAAGAGAUGUUGGUCUAGGUAGGAAAGAUGUCGGAAAUCUUCUAUGGAACCUUUUGUUACUUUCUUAUGCUGCAAAUUUCAAGAUGAAAAGCUUGCAGAAAGAAUUUCUGCAAAUGUUGGAAUCCGGGUUCCGUCCUGAUAUUACAACCUUUAAUAUUCGUGCUUUAGCCUUCUCAAGAAUGGCUUUGUUCUGGGAUCUUCACCUUAGCAUUGAACAUAUGGAACGUGAGAAGGUCAUUCCUGAUCUAGUGACUUUUGGGUGUGUAGUUGAUGCAUACUUGGAGAGAAGGCUUGGAAGGAACUUGGACUUUGUUCUAAACAAAAUGAACGCGGAUGAUUCUCCAAUGUUGUUAACAGAUCGGUUUGUGUAUGAGGCCUUAGGUAAAGGGGACUUUCAAAUGAGUUCUGAAGCAUUUUUGGAGUUUAAAACACAAAGGAAAUGGACUUACCGUGCUUUGAUACAAAAGUAUCUCAAGAAACAUUACAGAAGGAACCAGAUAUUUUGGAACUACUAACUAAUUGCUGGAUAUUUAGGUCCACUCAAGUUCUAGCCAACUGGGAUACUCUUACUGAAUUGUUCUCUGGUAAAACAAAGAGCUAACUAUCUGUCUCUGCAUUUCUUUUUCAUAGAAUUUUAGUCUUACACAUAGACCUUGGUUCUAUACAGACAUUCACUAUGCAGUUAACUUGAAUCAAACUUUUACAUAUGGUGGAUGCAUUUGAGGGAUCAGAGUUAAGGUGGAAACAGCGUGUUGUAAAGCGUACUGUGAUGCAUACAAUGGAACAUUAGAAGCAUCCUAUCUUGAAGAAAGCUUGGAGGAACUGAAACUUGGUAAGAAUGAUUAUUGCUUAACAAAGUUGUACAUUCUCCACGUGAUCAACUCUUAUACUACGAGAUUGCUUGUCCCGGCAUACAUAUUUUAUUUCUUAAUAGAUUACGUAUUUCACAUCUUAUUGUUAAUAGAUAUAAAAUCUGUUAGUUUUUUUUGGCCUUGUAACUCGUUAAGUUGUUAUGGAAACAUACUCAACAUAGAUUUUGUCAAUCUUUCUUUUACCCUGAUUAA